AUGGCGACAUUAGUACCGCCACCAUCUAAGAAACAAAAAAGACUUCUCCAAGAAAAUCAUGAAUCCAGGGUGAUUCCUGAUGAUCUCCCAAAUGUUCUUAUCAGGUUUCAGGCCGCUGACAGUGGAGAGGGUGUUGGAGGAUCUGUGCGUGUGCCCGGCGGUAUAACAGAGAAACAGUUGGAGGAGUUAUUGAAUAAUCUUCAGGGCUCAUCCUCGGAACCCGUGCCAUAUUCUUUUGCAUUGUUGAAAAAUGAAGAAAACGAACUCCUCGAUAUCAAAGAUGACCUUUACCACUCGGUGUUGAAGCCGGGCAUCAAGACCACUGAGGAUUUUUUGACUAUUGUCUACGCCCCUAGGGCUGUUUUCAAAGUUCGGCCAGUCACAAGAUCCAGUGCAGCUAUUGCUGGCCAUGGCUCAACCAUCCUCUGUUGUCUGUUUGCACCAAAUGAUUCUGGUCGUAUGUGCUCGGGAGCCGGUGAUUCAACGGCAAGAAUAUGGGACUGUUUCACAUCCACUCCUUUCAAGACUCUUACAGGCCAUACCAGCUGGGUAUUGUGUGUGGCGUAUUCUCCUUGUGGAUCAAUGAUAGCUACUGGCUCUAUGGAUAACACAAUAAGGCUUUGGAAUGCUGAGACAGGAGACGCAAUUGGAAAACCCUUGGUGAGUCAUCUGAAAUGGAUCUCGAGUAUUGCCUGGGAACCUUUACAUUUGGUGAAAGACGGCGAGAAACCAAGACUCGUGUCUGGAUCAAAGGAUGGAACUGUGAAACUCUGGGACACCUCUAGAAGAAUCUGUCUUCUUACGCUUAGUGGCCAUACAAACUCCGUAUCAUGCGUUAAGUGGUCCGGGUCGAAUAUAGUUUACAGUGCUUCCCACGACAAAAGCAUAAAGGUAUGGGAUAUCUCUGCUGGGGGAAAAUGCAUUCAGACGCUUAAGAGUCAUGCACACUGGGUGAAUCAUUUAUCAGUAUCCACCGACUAUGUUAUUCGCAAAGGCGGAUUUGAUCAUACUUCCACAAAAGGUAGUUCAAAGUCCCUUUCAGCUUCUGAAAUGAAGAAAAGGGCAAAGGAGGCAUUUGAAAAGGUCGCACAAGUCGGUGGUUCAACAAGCGAACGUCUUGUCACUGCCAGUGAUGACUUUACCAUGUAUUUCUGGGAGCCACUCAAGUCAAGCAAGCCGGUUUGCAGAAUGACCGGUCACCAAAAGUUGGUGAACCACGUUUCUUUCUCCCCAGAUGGAAGACACGUUGUUUCCGCAUCUUUUGACAAUUCCAUCAAGCUUUGGGAUGGUUUAAGCGGUAAAUUUUUGGGAACUUUAAGAGGUCAUGUUGCAGCAGUCUACCAAACCGCCUGGUCUGCUGAUUGCAGGCUCUUAGUAAGCUGCUCGAAAGACACAACACUCAAAGUUUGGGAUAUAAAAACGCAAAAGCUACUUACUGAUCUUCCGGGUCAUUCAGACGAAGUCUACUGUGUCGAUUGGAGUUUGGACGGUAAGAAGGUGUCUUCUGGUGGAAAGGACAAGAUGAUUAGAAUUUGGUCUAGUUGA